GAAGAAGAAGAAGAAGAAGAAGAAGAAGAAGAAGAAGAAGAAGAAGAAGAAGAUGCAAGACUGGGGUCCAGUUCUCAUCUCCUUCAUGCUCUUCAUCCUUCUGUCCCCAGGGCUUGUCUUCCAGAUCCCUGGCAAAUCACGGACGAUCGAGUGCGGCAAAUUCCACACGAGCGCCGUCUCCAUCCUCAUCCACACCAUCAUCUUCUUCGCCCUCGAUGCCUUCUUCCUCGUCGUCGUUGGCGUCCACAUCGAGUUCGGCUCGUCAUCAUGAGUAGUACAAUACUCUGCUUCAUCCUGUUCUAGCUGUUUCUUUUGCUCUUUCUGUCUGUUUGGUUCUUGCUUCAUGUUAAUUAGUUAGCCUGCGCUCAGUCAUUGCUGACCUGGGAUAUGUUACAUGGUGGGAUCAUGUGAAAUUUAUAUUCUUGAGAUUUGAUGACAACAUUACUGUGUAUCUCUGGGAUCAUAUUUUUUCGAUAAUUU